AUGGCGCACACCUGUCGCAGUGAUGACCAGAGGUUUGGUCCCUCUCUCUCCGACUGCGUCAUUCAUUUUGACUUCACCCUGUUAUUUGAACAAAGUCUUCUGAGUUUGGUCCCUUCAAUCCUCUUCAUUCUUCUAGCACCGCCUCGCUUGGUUCAACUACUCCAAAACACAAAGAAAACACCAAUCGCCCAUCCCCUAGGGUACGGAAAGGCAACAGUUGCAAUUAUCCUCCUCAUCCUCCGAGUUGCAUUAUUCACGCUGUGGUGCAUUCGCCCAGCUACUUCGGCGUCCAUUGCAUCCGCCGCCUUGUCCUUGUUCGGAAGCGGCCUCAUCCUCGCGCUCUCCAUUUUCGAGCAUACGCGUUCAGAGCGCCCGUCUUCGCUCCUCUGCAUCUAUCUCCUCUUCGACAGUUUAGUCAAUGCAACUCAGCUGCGAAGCCUAUACCUUAGAAGGGACCUGACCGCCGUAUCGGUGGUCGCCUCCGUGGCCCUGGGGACCGAGAUAGUGCUGCUCAUCCUCGAGACCGCUGAUAAGCGUGCCUGGCUACACGAUGCGUUCCGCAACCAGUACCCUCCGGAAUACACGAGUGGGAUCAUCAAUCGCAGCUUUUUCUGGUGGUUGAGCCCGUUGUUCGUUCGCGGGUAUCGGAGAAACCUGUCCCUCGACGAUCUUGACCGCGUAGACCAGGAGCUGGCAGCCCGACCGUUACAUGAUCGCAUGCAGACUGCCUGGGCGAAAUAUCGCUCCCGGCACUGCUUUUCUUUGGUGGUCGCCCUCUUCCAUUGCCUCAAGUGGCCGCUGCUCCAGACAGUCCUCCCGCGACUGUGUCUCAUUGGCUUCAGGUUUGCUCAGCCUUUUCUCAUCACACGGGUGAUCAGCUAUGUUAGCGAUGCAGGCCAAACCCGGGACAAGAGUGACGGCUACGGUCUGAUUGCAGCUACGGGCUUGGUCUACCUAGGCAUCGCGCUCUCCACAGCCCAUUAUCAACACCGUCUCUAUCGUAUGAUCACCAUGUUUCGCGGCGCCAUCGUGUCGCAGAUCUACGCCAAGACACUGGGUCUCGCCAAGGCCCCGGAUGAGUCUGCGGCCGUAACCCUCAUGAGCACGGAUGUCGAUCGCGUCGCGUUCAGCCUGCGCCAGAUCGCCGAGGUCUGGGCGCGCACGGUGGAGCUGGCGAUUGGGUUGUGGCUGCUGGAGCGCCAAGUCGGGUGGAUCUGCAUCGGUCCCACCGUCGCCGUGGUUGCCGCGUUCUAUGCAUCAUUGCAUGUGGCCAAGAAGAUCGGUCCGGCCCAGAAAACAUGGGUUAAGGCGGUGCAACGCCGGGUCGCGCUCACUUCCUCCCUCCUCGGGGACAUGAAGAGCAUCAAAAUGAUGGGCCUGUCCGACCGCAUGAAUCGAACCAUCCAAGCGCAGCGUGUCCGCGAACUGCAUCUCGGAGCGAGCUUUCGGGUGUUUGGCAUCUGGCGCAACACGAUCUCGAUGAUCCCGGUGGAAAUCGGACCGUUUCUGGUUUUUCUCAUCUACACUGUCCAAUCUCAGAGGCUGACCACCGACCAAGCGUUUGGGACCCUGGCCAUCAUCGCGUUGCUGACGGACCCAGCCAGAGAGCUCCUUGCCUCCUACCCGACCUUGAUUUCGGCAUUGGGGUGCAUCGAUCGGAUCCAUGCCUAUCUAUGUGAAGCAGACAAACUUGGUGGCGAGGAUGGUGCAUGUCAUGACGCAGGAAAACCUGGAUUUGUCCUGCAGAGCCUUCCCGCAACGUUGGCCGAUCGACCGGUCGUCACCUUCGACGAGGCCGACAUCCGACCGGCGCCAGAAUCCCAAAAUGUUCUGCACAAGAUCAACUGGCAAGUCCUCCCCGGUUCCUGGAGCUUUGUUGUCGGUCCAGUCGCGUCGGGGAAAAGCACCCUCCUAAAAGCGAUCCUGGGUGAGGCUUUCGCCACCUCCGGCAGCAUUCAGGUCAACAGCCGAGAUAUCGCAUACUGUAGCCAGUCGCCAUGGCUGCAGAACCUCCUCUUUCGAGACGCCAUCACCGGCCCCGGGGUUGCCUUGGACGAGGAUUGGUACGCUACUGUGCUGAAGGCCUGUGUUCUGGAGGUUGACAUCGAACGUCUGCCGCAGAUGGACAAAACCUUGCUCGGCAGCCGGGGCGUGACGCUGAGUGGCGGUCAGAGACAGCGCGUGACGCUUGCUCGGGCACUCUACAGUCGCCGCGCCAUUCUAUUGCUGGACGAUGUCUUUAGCGCCCUCGACACCAAGACGGAGUCGCAGAUUGUGCAGAAUCUGUUUGGACCGGAGGGGUUGCUGCGACGCAAUGGGUCCACGGUCAUUCUGGUAACGCAUGCCGUCCGACACCUGCAUUUGGCCGAUCAAAUAAUUGCCCUGGAUGGUUCCGGCCAUAUCGUGCACCAGGGAUCCUGGACGGAGUUCAGCCACGGGGGUGUGCCAGAGCUGCUGCACGAGGCGGCCAGUGCAGAUGUUGGCUUGCAGGGUCGGUCCGACGAUGCUGCCCCACAAAGCAAGCUGAGCAAACCCCUACCAAAGGCGUUCCAGGGACCGACUGCGACCGAUGUCAGUGACUUGAGUCGGCGGACCGGGGACUUGGCCGUGUAUAAAUACUACGCCCGCUCGUUUGGGUGGGAGCUCUCCUUGAUGAUGCUGGUCAUGGUGGCGCUGGUUGCGGUCACAACUUACCUCCCACAAGUCUGGUUGGAAUUGUACACUACUGGCAGUGUCAGCAAUGUCGGAGUGUUCUGUGCUGUCUACGCUGUGGUCGCAUCGACUUGUCUUACAGCGUUCUACAUGUCAAUGAGAAUUGUUUUUAUAUAUCUCAUUCCCAAAUCAGGUGCUCAUUUACAUCAAACCCUCAUCGACACCGUGACGCGCGCUACCCAAUCGUAUCUCGACAAGGUUGACAGUGGGGUCAUACUCAAUCUGUUCAGUCAAGACAUGUCCUUGGUAGACGCUAUGCUCCCGGCCUCGAUGAUCAUUACUCUUCAAGCCCUAGUCAACGGACUGGUCCAGAUCGGCCUUAUCACGGCAGGCUCCAGCUUCAUGGCCUUGAGCAUUCCCGGGCUCAUCUGCCUCGUGUACCUCCUACAGAACGUCUACCUGCGCACAUCACGCCAGAUCCGUUUCCUCGACCUCGAAGCCAAAAGCCCCCUCUACACGCACUUCAUGGAAACACUCGAGGGGCUGGCGACGAUCCGGGCGUUCGGCUGGCAGGAGGCAUUCACGGCGCGCAGCAACGACCUGCUCGAUGAAUCCCAGAAACCAUACUACCUGCUCUACUGCAUCCAGCGGUGGCUCGACCUGGUACUACAGCUACUCAUCGGGACCCUAGCGGUGAUUGUGGUUACACUGGCCGUCACCCUGCGCGCGUCCAGCUCGGGCGGCCAGAUCGGCCUCGCGCUGAACAGCAUCCUCGGCUUCAACGCGACCUUCCAGAUGCUGUUCACCUACUGGACCACCCUGGAGACCUCCCUUGGGGCGAUCGCCCGGAUCAAAUCCACCGCGCAGUUCACCCCGCAGGAGACCGAGCCCUACCCGCGUCCUCCGCCCACUAACUGGCCAAGCCACGGCGCGAUCGUCUUCCAUCAAGCAAGCGCCUCCUGGAACCCCGACCCCGGCGCACCACCAAGCGUCCAAGAUGUCACCUUCACUCUACCCCCGGGCACAAAGCUAGGCGUGUGCGGACGCACCGGCAGCGGAAAAAGCACGCUCCUCGCCGCCCUCCUGCGGCUCGUCGAUCUCGACGCCGGACAGAUCCUGAUCGACGGACACGAAAUCCGCUCCGUCCCGCGGACCACCCUCCGCGAGCGUAUCAUCACCAUCCCACAGGAGCCAGUUUUCGUGUCUGGCUCAGUCCGCGCGAACAUGACGCUCCUCCCGACCAGCACUGCUACUCCACCAGACACGCACCCCCUGGCGACAGAUGCUGCGUACGAUGACCAACAAAUCCAAGCUGCACUCACCCACACCGACCUCUGGACCAUCAUCCAGGAGAAAGCCAGACGCACAACCCAGAGCACCAACCCGUUGGACGCCGCAAUGCAGGACCUUACGCUCUCGCCGGGUCAGCAGCAGCUCUUCUGCUUGGCGCGCGCGAUCCUGCGCAAGGACACGGCGCGGAUCGUCGUGCUAGACGAAGCGACGAGCGCGGUGGAUCAUGUGGCAGAGCAGCGGGUGCAGGCGGUGCUGCGGCGGGAGUUUGCGAGCCAUACGGUCGUCAUGGUGGCGCAUCGGGUGGAGACGCUCCUGGAGGCGGAUCUGGUGGCUGUGCUGGAUCGGGGCAGGGUGGUGGAGGUGGAUGCGCCGGGGCGGUUGUUGGCGAGGGAGGGGUCGGUGUUUGCGGAGUUGAGGCGGUGCGGGUUGUAG